UUCUUUCUUCACUUCCACUUCAAUUCUAUUGUUACCCUCUCUCUCUCUCUCUCUCAGUUUAACCUUGCUUACCUUUAAAAAGAUAGGAAAAAAAAAAAAAAUCUCAACUUGAAUUUAAUUUUUGACUUCAGUUUUGUUAUUGGUCUUUGUGUUCAACUGUUGCUUGCAAGAAAGUAAGGAAAAAUAAAUAAAUAAAUAAAAUUGUCUGUAUUCCCUUUUGAAUUUAGAAAGCUUUGUAAUCUACUCCUCUGCAACUCUAUUUUAACUCUGUGUUGAACGAUUACCAAAUCAGUAUUCUCUACAUUCCUGUUUUCAUUUUACCAAGCUCACUUUCUUCGUUUCCAUUUCUGUUGUAGUACAAAAACUCUCUUUGUCCAGUUUUAUUAUAAUUCUCUAUAUUCAAUCCUUCUUGUAAAAAAAAUUAAAAAAUUUUAAAAAAUCAUCUAUUGUGUAACUCUAUAUUUUUAAUUAAUUAUAUCAAACAUUAGCUUUUAAUUUUUUUCCCCCCCUUUUGAUUUUGCAUAGUGUUCCUUUCCUAUCAUCAUAUCCUAUCUGUGUUAGGAAAAAAAGAAAAGAAAAACAAAACUUUCUAUUCCCUUUUGAUUUUAGAAAAGCUUUGUUAUCUCGUCCUGUGCUACUCUAUUCCAACUCUGUGUUGGACAAUCACCAAAAUCAGAAGUGAGAAAUGGCCGUCAAUUUUGCUCUUUCCAUUGGAGCCAAGAUCGCAGAAUAUUUGGUUUAUCCAAUUGGUCGCCAGUUUGGCUAUGUAAUUUUUUACAAAAGCAACCUUGACAAACUCAGAGAAGAAGUCAAUAAGCUGGAAGAGAGAAGUAGUGCAUUGCAGCUAUCAGUUGAUGCAGCACGAAGAAAUGGAUGGAUUAUUGGACCUGAUGUUGAGAGGUGGCUGGAAAGGGUUAAAGAAUGCAGCAACAAGGCCAGUGAAAUUCUGAAAAAUGAAACUGAAGCAAACAAAGGGUGUCGUAAUGGGUGGUGUCCAAACCUGAAGUCACGCCACUCCGUUGGCAGGAAAGCAACAAAGAAGGCAGAAGAGGUGGCUAAGUUACAUGGAGAGGGGAGCUUUACAACAGUGUCCUACCCUGCACCUCCACCAGGAAUAGAAUCUGAAUCCACUGAAGGUAUCAAGAGCUUUGAAUCUAGAAGACGGAUCAUAAACGAAGUCGUGCAGGCACUGAAGGAUGAUAGAUUCCACAUGAUUGGGAUAUGUGGGAUGGGAGGUGUUGGUAAGACAACAAUGGUGAAACAAGUUGCCAAAAGAGUGAAAAAAGAGAAAUCAAGUGCGGUGGGAGGUGCUGGUAAGACGCCGAUGGUCAAAGAAGUGACCAAAAGUGCGAAUGAAGAGCAAUUGUUCGAUGAGGUUGUCAUAGCUCUAGUGUCCCAAAGCCCUGACGAAAAGAAGAUUCAAGCUGAAAUUGCAGAUAAGUUGGGUUUGAGAUUUGAGGAAGAGAGUGCAUCUGGAAGAGCAGAUCGGCUGCGUGAAAGUCUACGGAGGAAGAGAAUCUUGCUCAUAUUGGAUGAUGUUUGGAAGAGACUUGAACUGAAUGACAUAGCAAUUCCAUAUGGAGAUGGUCACGGUGGUUGUAAGAUUUUGCUGACUUCAAGAUUUGUUUAUGUAUGUGAUGAUAUGGGAGCUGAAAAGAAAUUUACAGUUGAAGCCUUAGACAAAGAAGAAGCAUGGAAUCUCUUCAAGGAGAUGGCUGGAAUUUCCAAUGACACGAGUACUGAAUUCUAUUCCACACAGAAGGCAGUUGCCGAAGAAUGUGGAGGCUUGCCUGUUGCUAUUAAGGCAGUUGCGAGGGCACUCAAAGGUAAGGGAGAGCCUUCAUGGGAUUCUGCUCUUGGUCAAUUACAGAGGUCCAUCAUCAAAAGCAUCAGGGGAGUAGAAGACCAGAUAUUUAAAUCUCUGGAGUUGAGUUACAAUUCCUUAGAAAGUAAGGAAGCCCAAAAAGUAUUUCUGUUUUGUUCCCUAUACCCAGAAGAUUUUGAUAUUCCAAUUGAAGAUCUUGUUAGAUAUGGGAUUGGGCUUGAAUCGUUUGAAGGCAUUGACACAGUGAGCGAAGCAAGACAAAAAGUUCAUGACUUUGUUGAUGACCUUAAAAAAUGCUAUUUAUUGAUGGAUAGUGAAGAAAAAGAGUGUGUCAAAAUGCAUGAUGUUAUACGUGAUGUGGCUCUAUCUAUUGCAUCUGGGGAGGAGCAUUCGUUUAUGGUGAGAUAUGACAAAGCAUUGGAAGACUGGCCACAGAAACAUCGGCUCAAAAAUUACAUUGUAAUUUCAUUAAAACUUAAUGGUAUGCACGGGCUUCCUGGUAAUUUAGAAUUUCCAAAACUUCAGCUUCUGAAGCUAGAAUUUCCAGAACUCCAAGUACAGGAGACCCAAGAUUGUUUCUGUCAAGGGAUGAAAGAACUCAGAGUGCUAGCUUUAUCUAAUUUUCCUGGAUCGCUGCCAACAUCACUCCGAUGCUUGACCAACCUCCGAACCUUGUCACUUUCUGGUUGCCCACUUGAUGAUGAUUUUGUCUCUGUAAUCGGAGCAUUAGAGAAUCUAGAAAUGUUCAGUUUUGCUGGCUCUUAUAUCACGGAAUUGCCAAAAGAAAUAAUAGGUCACCUUGGUCGCUUGAAGGUACUUGAUUUGUUGAAUUGUACAGUGGAAAGGAUUUAUCCAGGGGUUUUGUCAAGCUUAUCAAUGCUAGAAGAGUUGUAUGUUGGGAAUAGCAUUCAAACAAUGGAUGGACUAGAAGAAAGAACAGAAAUGACUAAUGCAAUCAUUGCUGAGGUGGCAUCCUUGUCCCAUUUGGUGGCUUUGGAUAUUGUAUUAUUUAUCUUGCCAAGAGAUUGGGUCAUUGACAAGGUGAAAAGGUUCAAUAUAACAGUUUACCCAUCAUCUGGUAACGAUUAUCGGGAACCUAAUUAUCGGUUGCCGAAUAGGUUGGAACUCCGGUCAGCGGAUGUGACUGAUCUUAGGGAUAGUAGUAGCCUCAAGAUGCUAUCGCAGAGCACUAAAAUUCUAGAGUUAGAUUCAGUUAAGGGUUUGAAGAAUAUUCUGAGUGAUUUAGAAGAAUACAGUUUUGAGCAAUUGACGAAGUUGACACUAAAGAAAUGUGAUGAUUUCAAAGGGAUUAUUUGUCAUGGCCAACUACUAGAUUUUUUGCCUGAAGUAACACAAUCAUCGAUGGGUCCUACUCCACUUAAAUGGUUUGGCAACUUGAAAUCUAUAUUUUUUUGGAAAUGUGCUAAAAUGGAAAAUGUGUUCUCACUUCCCAUUGCUAGGAAUCUCAUGCAUUUGGAGACUAUUGAGAUAUUGGACUGUCAUCUGAUGGAAGUGAUUGUUUCAAAUGAAGGAGGAGAGCAUGAGAUAGCAGUAGUGGCAACAGAUAAAAUUGAGUUUCCUAAACUAAAAAAAUUGUGGCUAUUGGGACUGCCAAGUUUUACAGCAUUCUGCAAAGCCAUGAAUGCAAUUGAACUACCACAAUUGGAGGAUUUGUUUCUCCGUGAAAUACCAAAACUCGGUAGUCUCUGCCUUGCUUCUGCUGUAGAGAGUAAUUAUGAUGCCUACAUUCAGCCGCUCUUUGACAACAAGGUCAAUUUGACUUCCCUUGAGAGAUUGUAUGUUGAUGCAAUGGAUAACCUGAUAGAGAUAUGGCCCGGUGAACUUGAAGCUAAACUAAGACUAAGACGGAUGAUAGUUCACAAGUGUCAUUGGUUGCUGAAUAUUCUUUUUCCAUCCAAUUUGAUGAAGGCAAUGCAAAGUCUUGAAAUACUUGUAGUGCAGGAUUGCCAAUCUGUGGAAGUAGCAUUCGGUAUUGAAGGACUAAUUGUUAGGGAAGACCAUCAAGAUAUACUAUUCCCUUCAUUAAUAGAUGUGAGACUUAGGCAUCUACCAAAGUUGAUACAUGUUUGGAAAGAUAAUUUAUCAGGAAUUCAAGGCUUCGAGAACCUAACAUCCCUAAACAUAAAGGGUUGUGGCAAUUUGAGAUAUGUAUUUUCGUCUUCUAUAUCCAAACUUCUUGUGAAACUGCAAGAAAUAGAGGUAACUGAAUGUCGUGUGAUGGAAGUGAUCAUUGACGAAGAACCAAAAAUAGAUGAUGAAGUCGCAACACAUAUUCUCAUCUUCCCUCAACUAAAUACUCUCAAACUCAGGGACCUGCCGAACCUUAGGAGUUUUUGCCUCCAAGCUUACAUGUUUGAAAGAUCAUUGUUGAAGACCGUGGAAGUAAUCAAUUGUCCCAACAUGAAGGCCCUCCCUUCAGCAUUCAAGCACAUGCAAGAGCCACAGACGAGCAAUGUUCAAAAGGCAAACUUUUUAACCUCAACUCAACACCAUCUCUUGGAUGGAAAGGUACAUUUGUUAUCUUACAAUUAUAGUAUUCACCAUUAACAUUCCGUUCUUUCAAAGAAAAUGUUUCCAAUAUUCAUUAAAAUAAGGAUAAACCUUAUACGUUUGAAGUUGAAAGAAUUGUUGGGUAAGCAAAAUCAUGGAAACUUUUUGGUCUCGUUUGGAAAGUUGGUUAUUUUAGUAUAAACUAUUUUAGUAGGCUAAAAUAGUUAUGUUUG